AUGAGCGAUCCAGUCCCGGCCAAACCUCCCACGCCACCACCUCUCCCUCCACAAUCCAAGGCACAACAUAUGGAUCAAAGACCCUCACAAUAUCUUGCAAACUUAGAGGCAGCUGGCGACAAUGUCUGGAUAACAACAACGACUGACUUGGCAUCGCCAACAAGGUAUACGCCUACGGUUUACUUUUUCUACGGUACCCUCACGCGUCCCGAUAUUCUAAAGCGAAUCCUUGACUUGGACCAUGACCCUGUCAUGCGACCGGCCAAGAUCAUUGGAUACUCACUCGCGAAAUGGGGGGAUUACAAGGCCCUUAUAGAUGGUGAGACGGGUGAAGAAGUCGCGGGAACGGCCUACGAGGUUAGGUCAUCCGAACAUGCGUAUAAGCUAGCGUACUACGAGACAAAUGCGUACGAAGUCAUGCCUUGUCUUAUCGACUACACCGACGGACAGGAGCCAAUUCAGAGUUCAGGUAGUACUUUCAAGUAUGCCGGCGAUGCUGCGGCGUUGAAGGAGGGGAGAUUUGAUAAGAAAUUAUGGGAGUUUCGUAUGGGCUCUAAAUUACCAGAGAAAUGGAAUGGAAAGGGAGGGGGUUAG